AUGAACGCGCUCCGCCAGAAAUGCCGACCGAAACAUCAGGUGCUAAUCCUGAAGUGCUACCCUAAGUUGCCCAAAAAUCCAGCAGGCAAUGCAAGCGAAGCAAAACCAAACGGCAGCGAGCUGAGCUACCUCGUCUACUACGCCUCGAGUCGCAGGGCCAAACUCACAAAGGUCGGCAGUUUCCUGGAAAAGCGCACCGCCUCGGACGUGUACAAGGGCAGGAUAGGAGCAGUCCACGUCACUCUGGGAAUCCUGGCCGCCUUUCUCAACUCAUCCAGCAUCUCCUCGGUCGACACCUUCCCCCUAUUGGCGCCUCAUGUCCUUACUAUCCUACAAGAAGUUUUGGGCCACACCACCGACACGGGCCUGAUCGAGGCGUGUCUCCCUGUAUGGGACGCUUUCUGCCGUGACCAGGACCAUUCCACCCUCGCCGCAGACGUCGAGUACCGCCACCAGUUCGCCGAUGUCGUCAAGAGAUGGACAACAUUUGCCGACAAGACAAACAAGGAGGCUGGCGGCUCUAGCGACGCCCUCAAGCUGCGAAAGGCUGGCCUCGAGGCACUACGCAGUAUCGCCAAAGCCCAGGCACUCGCGAGCGAACCAGGCCGACAGGUCAAUGUCUUCUUGCCCGCCGUCCUACGUAACCUCUAUUCGCAAGGUGCCGCAUACUUGACUACCCUCGACGAGCGACUGAACGAACAAAAGCAUGCUCAGCAAGGUGUUCGUCCCAGUAUGCAAACCAUCCGUAGUACAAACACAAAGGAGGAAGGAGACCCACGUGCUGCUGGGGGCACUGCUCAAGAAGCCGAUCGCUAUGCUGAGGAAGAGGCUGGUGUUCUGGCUAUGCAAUGCUUCAAGGCGCUGUUCGAUGUCGACAACCGCGGUCAAGUGCGCAUGGCUACCAUGAGCAUGCUCGAUUACAUCUCUCGUCACAAUUCAGCCCAUGCCUGGUCCGUUGGCAUAGUCAAGCUGGCCUGCGAAUUCACUCCCGUUCAGGAUCGAUUUGUUGUUUUGUUCGCUGCUGUCGAGAUACUGACCCGCAGUCCCAUUGUCGAGGAUGCUUUGCAGCAACAAGUUGUUCUGGCCGUCAUUGUCGAGCAGAUCCUCGGCUCUAACGUCAAUCUGAUAGGCUUGUCAGUCAUGGACAUCCUACUCGGUCUUGUCCAACAUAUCCUUCUGAUUCUGCAGCUUGGUACCACUCAGACCAACCUGAACGGAUCCAAUGAGAAGCCAAAAUCGCCUGUCAUGGAAGUCGUUAAGACUCCUUCUCCUGUCAGAGUCGAGUUGCUCACUCAUUUGCGUCAAUGCAUUGUCAACCUCGCAAAGCAUGUCUACUAUACCGACCAAAUUUCGGACAUGGUUUCGGCCCUUCUCCUCCGUCUUAAGCCCGCCUCUCCUGCAUCCAACAUGCCCGCUGCAACUGCAAAUGCUAUCGAGGAUCCCAAUGGCGCCUCCUAUGAAUCUGCUGCUAGCAGCGGCCUGAAAGAAAGAUCCAACACCGAUGGCUUCUUCUCUUUCGACACUGCUCGGGAGGUUGCAUUGGACUCUGUCAAGCGCAUUCUCAUUGUUGCCAAUAGCAAUGAUCCGUCGGCCAAUGAGUCUACCAAGAACCAGAACCCUGUUCCAAUUGGAGUCUGGGAAGGCACUCAAUGGCUGUUGCGCGAUUCAUACCGUCCAGUCCGUGUUGCGUAUGUGGAUGCACUCUGUACAUGGCUGGAUCUGGAGACUCGUGACAAGGACGCGAAAAUCGAGGAAAAAGCCGCUCCUGAAAAGCACAAGCGGGACAACGCCAAUGGCAACAACAUGGCUCGCAGGGCAGUGUCGAAUGCUUCAGCACGUGGGCGCGGCGCUAGAAGGAGUCGCUCCUUCUUCUUGCAACUUCUUCAUCUUGCCAUCUACGAAGACGCUUUGCAUCUUGCCGAUCGCCCUGAAGCUGACCAUGAGUUCUUGCUCUUACACUACUUGCUUGCUUCCAUGGUUGCCAAGCUCGGUAUCAAUGCUAUCCGCUCCGGUCUGCCUAUGAUUCUACGCCUGCAAGAGGAUAUCCAGACGAUCGAGAACCCCAAAUCCAAGGUGAGGCUUGGUAGCUUAGUACAUGGUUACUUAUGGGCAGUCGCGCACAAGUUCAACUUCGAACACUCCGUUGUCGGCAACGAGAUUCAGAGCGAGAUUACACGUAGACAGCAAGCUGGCAUCUGGGUUCAUGGCCUGCAGGUCCCGGCUAUGGCGCUGGCGAGAAUUGCAGAAGUUGCUGCCUCUGCACCUACGCAGUUGGCACAGACUACCGUGGAGUCCCAAGCCCUAAGGCCUUUCGAUCAUCGCGACCAGCUGAUCGAGCGCAUCUCGGAUGCUUAUGGCACCAGCAUCGCAUCACCCCCUGGCACUCCUGGAAGCCCCGGACGCAGUUUCUCUCUGCCCACCCUGAACAUUGCUCCUAGCGACUUCUUGGCUGCACCCAGUAGAUCCAAGGCCGAUCUACCACAAUCCUGCAUAGAUGAGCUUACAGCGGUCUGGACGAAGGAUGAGCUCCUCGCGACUGUCGCAGCUGCAGCACCCAAGUCUACAUCGUUGAGUGGGUCACGCGCCGGCACAACGUCUGCACACCCCUCAGGCACCAACCUUACUUUCGGCAAUGGAGGUACCUCCAAAUCCGGUCCUGCAAGAACUGGGACUAGCCACUCGCAGGCCAACAGCCGUCUUGUCAGCCGAAGUCCUGCAGGCCGUCGCCCCAGUAAUAGCACAUCUGGCCCUGGUGAUGGUGCCAGCAGUGUUACGAAUUCAGGAGCCAUGCGUGUCGAAGAGCUUAAGCGUGUACUCGCUGGUCAGGCACCGCCUUCGUCUGCAAUGUCUAUGCAUCGUGCCGGAGCUGGGGACGACUCGAGUGAAAGCAUGAUGGAUAUUGAAGAUGGCGAAAUCGAAGAUGAUGCUAGCGACUACAGCCCUCCAGCCCUUCGCCCAGCUACUAGAGAUGCUGCGCCAGGCUCACAAAAUACAAUGCAACCGCCAUCCGCGCCUGCUCUAAGACUUAAUAGUGGCGAAGUGGUCACCAACGGCACUUUGCCUUCAGCGCCUUUCUCCGAAAGAGGCCGCCAGGAUGGCCUAGUGAACAGACCUGCGAGCAGAAGAGUUGCCAGCAGGAGCUCUGCUAGGAACUUUGGUGGUGCUGCCAGUACACACGGCAAAAAGGAUCUUAGAGAUCUGUUGUCCUCCAUCGGCACUGAAGAUGAUGCAGAGGGAGGUGAAGGUGUAAGUAGAGCGCCGUAUUAG